GGAGCUUUUCGUCUUCUCCGGCGACAUUCCAUCCGCUGAUCAAAAAAAAAAGUUUGCAACUUUGAUCGCGAAAGUUUCAAAAAUGGAAGUCAUUGAUCAAUGGGUUGCUGAAUUUAUCCUCCGUCGACAACAUAAUCCUAGGGUUGCCCCUACUAAUCUGAUUUCGGCUCUGCAAUUGGGUGAUUCCUCUGACUGCAUAAAGCUCAAGGUAUCUUCUGUCUUGCGGGAUAUCUCCAAUUCAUUGAUCCGAGGUACGAUCGAUGAGGGAAUGCUUGACCUUCUCGAGAUUCUUGAGAAGCUUCUGUUGCAGCAACAUUCGCUACUCAUGGAGUCUCACAAGUCUGCUUAUUCCUGGACGGCUGCUGAGUGUACGCUUAGAUUUAUGUGGCCAAUGUUUGCUUCGGAUGGUUUGUUCACCGAGGCUCUUGAGAGGAUAUGGACGAAGAGGAUUGGGAUUUUGAAGGAGAGUGGUAGCGAUUUGGUGACUCAUGACUUGUUGAAAUGGGAAACUGAUUUUAACAAGGCUCUUGAGGAACAUGAGCUCUAUCAGCGAAUUCGUGAGACUAACAUCAGGUACACUGCCAUUUCCUUUCUUACUCAGCUUCUCAAAGAACAGUGGGCAUUACUUGGGAGUUCCUCUCUUGAAUCGGUAGCUCAAAGAAGGUUUCUUAAGCGCAAGGCUGUGAACGUAGAGGGUGAUGUUGUUGACAACAGAGGGGAUCAAAGUGCUGUUGAUGAAAGCACGAGGGGUUUGGAGAGUGACAUCGUUGAUGUUAUCAACGAGCAGCGUGGAGGGGAGGACAGGAAUGGGAAUAAUAGAGAGAACGCUAAUGAUGGUGAAGGAAUGGAAUGUCCAGAGAAUGAUGGGAUUGAUAAUGGGAAUGUAGCAGACGAGGAGCACACAAUGGGUGCACAAGAACAGGAACAUGAGCCAAGUCUUGAUAAGGGAGACAAAACGGUUGCUCGAGAGCUGAAGGAUUAUUUGUUAGAGAUUCAAAGACACAUCGACCCUUCCAUUAGGCGAGGGGAAGAACCUAACACUGCAAUUAAUCAUUCAGUAGAUGAUGUCACUCCUCAGCCUACUCGGGUGAAUAGGACUGGAACAGGCGGUCAAGACCAUAAUGAAGCAACCGAUAAUGUAAAUGAGAAAGGUUCGGAUAGUAAGGGAACAUGGUCUAGCAGAAUUCGGCCUCGUCUACCAACCCCAGUUCCUCUGAAUGUAUCUCCGUUGAAGAAGGGAGGAUUGGCGAAACCCCAUGUCAGGAGGCCAAAGAAAUUCUGGACGCCAGAAGAAGUGGAAGCUCUGAGGGAAGGAGUAAAAGAGUAUGGUAAAUCAUGGAAAGAUAUAAAGAAUGGAAACCCUGCACUAUUCGCGGAGAGGACAGAGGUGGAUUUGAAGGAUAAAUGGAGGAACUUAGUCGGUGGGUAGAGGUAACAUCUUUUGUGAAUCUUGUGUUAUAGGCUUUUAAAAUGCUGUAGAGAUAUAUACUUUUGUGACAUAUCAACUGUGGAGAACAUGGUGGGAGAUAGAUAGGGCCAUUUCACAUGUUGUGUAGUGAAUGAUAAUCAUGAAUGAGCAGAAAUAUGCAGAAUAUAAUGAUAUGCUUGUG